GUGCUCGAGGGAAAUUUUACAUCUGCACAGUAAUUUCCUGCAGGUCUCUCGUCAGACCUGCUGUGACAUUUAGUCAUGCACGUCAGCUGCACAUUCAGUCCAACAGAUCACUAUGACGACUGCACUGCUUCGGGGCUGUGCUGUGGCCUUGUGGUGCCGAUGUGCUCCCUCCCAAGGCAGUGAGCAGCACCCAUUUCUCUCCCCUGCUCUCCUCUUUGCCAGCAGCUCCCUUCAGAUGGCUGAGAAGGCAAGCAGCGGCCCGCAAGAUAUCCCCAGCUCUUCUCCUGAUGAAAACGAGUUUCCUUUCGGAUAUCCCACCAGCAUCUGUGAAGAUGUGCCCCAGCAGAAGUACCUGUGCAGCAACUGCAACAACGUUCUGAAGAAAGCCCUGCAGACGCUCUGCGGGCACAGAUACUGCUCUGCCUGCCUGUCCUGGAUUGUCCGGAACAAUAAAAAUCCAGUUUGCCAGAAAUGUAAAGAGGAGGAUCCCAGCACUCUGAGUGAAGGAAGCCUAUUGGCAGAGGAAAGGGCCUUUGGGGAUGCUGCCAUUAACAAGGAGAUUUCUGAGCUCAGAGUGCACUGUGUGACCCUUGGAUGCAGUUGGUGUGGUACCAUGAAAAACUUCGAAGAGCAUCAGAUUCUGUGUGAAUAUGCUUUGAUCCCUUGUCACACUGGCUGUGGGCACGUGGUGAUGAGGAAGAAACUUGCAGAUCAUUUGGAAAACGGAUGUGUGAAUAACAUGACCGUGUGUCACAAGUGUAAGCAGAGCUCAUCCAGCAGCGAGUACCAAAAACAUUCAUGUGAAGGCAAUUUAUAUAGAGAGCAGAAGCAUGUGCAAGCAGAAACACCAUCAAACGAAAAGCAGAACCAUUCUGGGCUCUCAGGCAGCACGGAUGGAUGUCGGUUUUCUGAGGUUGGCUGUUCCUUUGGGGGCAGCAAAGAGGUGAUAAAGGAGCAUGAAAAAGCUGCAGUUGGGACUCACAUGCUGCUUCUGCUGCAGUACGUAAAGCAACUGAAGGCAAACCUGAGCACUGCUUCCAAAGGUGCAAAUGGUUUCAUCCCACAGACAGAACUGAAUGUGAAUGGUGCAGAAAAAAGCAUCUCUGAUCUGUGCAUCCCAGGCAGUCUGCAAAUCAAUGGGGAUCUGGAAGCAGACUGUUUAACCAGAACUUCUGUUCCCAGAGAUGAAUCUAUCGUACAGCAGCUAGUGAGGGAGAAGGUGAUUUCUGAGCUUGAAAAUAAGCUACAUGUGUUUGAGAAUAUUGUGGCAGUGCUCAAUAAAGAAGUGGAGGCCUCCAACUUGGAAAUCACAGCGUUUCGGAGGCAGAGUGAACUUGAUCAAAAUAUAAUACGAGGCCUUGAACUGAAGAUUGCAGAGUUGCACUGCUGCCUGACCCAGAAGGACGCAGGCCUGAGCAGGCUCCAUAAGAGCCUUCUGUUCUCUGAGCAAACUUCCUACGAUGGGGUCUUUUUGUGGAAGAUCACAGAUGUUAGCCAGAAGCUACAGGACUCAGUGACGGGCAGAGCAGUCAGUCUGUACUCACCAGCGUUCUACACUGCAAAGUAUGGCUACAAGGUGUGCCUGAGGAUUUAUCUGAAUGGGGAUGGGAUGGGAAAAGGAACCCACAUAUCCCUCUUCUUUGUUGUCAUGAAAGGAGACUACGAUGCUCUGCUCCCGUGGCCUUUCAGGCACAAGGUUACAUUUAUGUUGCUGGACCAAAACAACAGAGAGCACAUUAUUGAUGCAUUCCGCCCAGACUUGGCUUCUGCUUCCUUUCAGAGACCUGUGCACGACAUGAAUGUUGCCAGCGGCUGUCCCACCUUCCUCCCUCUGACCAAACUGCAGUCCCCAAAGCACGCCUAUGUGAAAGAAGAUACACUUUUCCUUAAAUGCAUCAUAGAUACAAAUUAGUAACUUCUGAAACGUCAGUGUCUGGUAAAUCACCCACUGCAAUUCAUUUGUUUGCAAGAAAAGAAACAUCAGUUUGAGGCAUUGCAUUGGUCUGGAGAGCUGGGCCUGCAUUCCCCUGCACUGGCUGGGACCAGCUGGGUCUGCCUGCUCGCUGUGGUUGCUGCUGGUGUGCAAACACAUUGCCCACACAGAGCAUGCUAUUGCACGUGGGGGCUGUGAUUAUGUCACUGUCCAGCCCAAACUCUGCUUUAGAUGUAGAUCACAGCUGCUCCCCUUUGCAUGCACAGGUGGGUCGAGGGGAGCUCCUUCCCCACAUUGCCCAGGUGUGCUGUUCUGGCAGGGCACCCUGGGGCUGAGGGCGGUGUGCUGCAGGGCUGCAGGGCUCUGCACACCCUUGGGAGCAGCAAGGAGUGCUGCUUCCUCUCCCACCAUUCCCAGGUUUGAUGUACUUGUUGUGCUGCCUGCACUGUGGGACUUGUGCUGCUCCCCAGCAGGGAUUGGGCAGGUCCCCUCCCAUAGGCUCUGGGUGGGUGUCUGUGCUUUUUGAGGACCCUGAAAGCUGUGAGCUGUGGGUAGCACUGGCAGCUUCAAAUCCUUAUACUGGAUGAUUUAUUUCUUGCUAUUUAUGUACCUGUAUUUAUGUGCUCUGUACGGAGAUGCUCUGCUGCAUUAGGAAUGAAACCAGGUUACACUGUGCCUGGGGAAAGUUGCCUCUGGUGUUUCCAAAAGUGGCACUCUGACUUUCCCACCUCAGCUGUGGGGGUUAACAGCAGGCAGGGCCAGGCUGGCAGCUCAGCAGUGGGAAGGAGCCCUGGGGGGCUUAAAGUGCUCCCUCACUUCUGAAGCUUUGAGGCAAGCGACUUAUUAGGAAAUAUUGAUCUUUUAUGUGCUUCACAUGCUAACAUAGAAGUACCUGCUAGAAAUGUUUUUCUUUAAGAGGCGAGGAAUGAAUAAAAGUUAUUUUUACAAUCAAGUUAAA